AUGGCAAAACGCAAGCAAAUCACGCUUGAACAGCGAAGCGCUAUUUGCACUCUACGCGAGGAAGGAUACAGUGAACGUCAAAUCGCAGAAAGGCUCGGAAUUUCUUGUAAAGGUGUCCACUAUACCCUUGUUAGAAAACAAGAAACGGGGAAAAAUGAAGAUAGAAAGAGAUCUGGUAGGCCCAAAUCUACAACAAAUCAAGAGGACAACUUCAUUAGAGUUCUUUCUAAACGGAAUCGACGCUUAACUGCACCACAGAUUACUGCAGCUCUGAAUGAUACGCGAGAAACACCUAUUUCAACAACUACUGUUAAAAGACGCUUACUGUCUGCGGGAUUAAGAAGAUGUGUUGCUGCUAAAAAACCCAAACUAACAAAUCGACAUAAGAAAAAUAGACUAGAAUGGGCAAAAGCGCAUAAAAACUGGACUAUAGAACAAUGGGAAAAUGUCCUUUGGAGUGACGAAUCAAAAUUUCAGAUUUUCGGAUCCAAUAGACGUGUCUUUGUACGCCGGUCAAAAGAAGAGAGGGCUUCAGAGGCAUGUACAGUGCCUACCAUCAAACAUGGUGGUGGUAAUGUCAUGGUUUGGGGGUGUUUUGGCAACAGUAAACCCGGCAAUCUUGUGAGGAUAACCGGAAAAUUAAACAAGGAAAGCUAUUUAAAAAUUCUCCAAGAUUCUGCCAUACCCAGUGGACUAAGUCUCAUUGGUUCUGGAUUCAUUUUUCAACAGGAUAAUGAUCCUAAGCAUUCGUCUAAAUUGUGCCAGAACUUUUUAAACAAGAAAAAAGCUGAAAACAUUUUAAACAUCAUGCAAUGGCCAUCUCAAUCCCCUGAUCUUUCUCCCAUUGAACUUGUUUGGGAUGAACUUGACAGGAGGGUGAAAAGUCGUUGUCCUACGAGCUCAGAACAUUUGUGGCAGCUAUUAGAGAACGAAUGGAACAAAUUAGAUAAAGAUUAUUUAAAAAAAUUGAUUAAUAGAAUGCCCAGAAUAUGUGAGAAGAUUAUAAAGGAGAAAGGUGGACACUUUGAUGAAGCUAAAAUUUAA